AUCGUGGAAACCUUUGUCCAAAAUGGCUACCGCACGCCAAACACUGAGAGAUCGUCAAGUCGGUAGGUGUGUACUCUCCUGCCAGCUUAGCUUAUACCUCUUUGUUUUGUCCUGCUAAUCUCUGCUCCCUUCUUAGCGUCCAUCGAAAAGAUCCUUAACUUCAAUCACGCACAGGCGAAACACGAACCCGAAAUCAACGGCCUAGUUCCUUCGUCUGCUCCCAUCCUGAACGAUGAGGGUGAACCUAUAUGGAAGGUUUUGGUUUUUGACAACCUCGGCCGAGACGUCAUAUCUUCUGUCCUUAGAGUACAAGACCUUAGGAAUUUUGGUGUGACUAUACAUCUCAACCUGCUCUCAUCGCGCCACCCAAUCCCGGAUGUGCCGGUUGUAUACUUUGUCGAACCGACGGCUGAGAACAUUACCGCUAUUUCCAACGAUUUGACUAACAAUCUCUAUGACAUCGCCUACGUCAAUUUCCUAUCGUCGGUUCCGCGGACUAUCCUGGAGGACUUUGCGGCACUGACUGCUCAGAAUAACACCUCUGAGAAGAUAGCCCAGGUUUACGACCAGUAUUUGAACUUUGUAGUUUCGGAACCGGAUCUGUUUAGCUUGAACUUGAAUGAUGUUUAUUACACACUUAAUUCGGCUCAGGCUGCCGACAGUGCUAUUGAGCAAGCUAUAGAUAAAGUCGUCAGUGGUCUGUUUUCAGUAGCAGUUACUAUGGGUAUAGUCCCUUUCUGCCUUUACAAACCCCGGCAGUACUGACUCCUACAUUCAGGAUCUAUUCCUAUAAUUCGUGCGCCUAAAGGCAACGCCGCCGAAAUAAUAGCCCAGAAGCUCGAUCGUAAACUCCGGGAUCAUGUCCUCAAUUCUCGCGAUAACAAUCUCUUCUCAACCCGCGCUGGCGUCACUGGCACCUCGCAGUCCCGUCCAGUCUUGAUUAUCCUUGACCGCAAUAUUGACCUGAUUCCCAUGCUUUCACAUUCGUGGACCUAUCAAUCACUUGUACACGACGUGCUCAACAUGCGGUUAAACAGGAUCACCGUCGAGACAAUUGAGGAAGGUGGAAAGGUUAGCAAAAAGAGUUAUGAUCUGAUUUCAAGCGAUUUCUUUUGGGCCAAAAAUGCAGGAGUGCCUUUUCCACAGGUAGCAGAGGACAUCGACGCAGAGUUGACUCGGUAUAAAGAAGAUGUUGCGGAAAUCACCAAGAAGACCGGGGCUGCAUCAUUGGAAGAUUUACAAAAGUAAGGCUCACAAUGUCCCACUAAUUCUGGGAACUCUCUAAUAGCCGUAGUGACAUCAGCUCUUCCGCCCAACAUCUGAAAGCAGCCAUUACUCAACUCCCAGAUCUGCGCGAUAGAAAGUCUGUCUUAGAUAUGCAUAUGAAUAUUGCUACCGCCCUACUUAAAGGCAUCAAGGAGCGCCAGCUGGAUAACUUCUUCCAAAUUGAGGAGGCUAUCACUAGGCAGAAUAAGGCCCAACUGCUAGAAGUCAUCAACGACCCGGAGAGAAAAAACCCGGUUGACAAAUUAAGGAUGUUCAUUAUCUGGUAUAAGAAAUCUCUUGGCGUUGUAUAGUCGUUAUCUAACCUGGAUAUUAGGUACUUGAGCACGGAGAACGACGUUACUAGAGGUGAUAUGCAAGAAUAUGAGGCAGCCUUGAAGGGAGCUGGAUGUGACCUUGAACCGCUAGCCUACGUCAAGAAGUAUAAACACCGAUUCAUUCCCUUCAAGUCGAAAUCAACUAACCCUAACCCCAGAGUCCGCGAAAUCACUCGUAUGACAAUGAUGGCAUCGGCACCUUCUCAACCUGCCGCCCAGAGUGCCGGAGGCGAUCUCUUCAAAGGGUUUAGUUCAAUCUCCAACAGAUUGACGGAUCGUCUCAAGGAUGCCGGCGCGCUCGGCGGUGGCUUUGAGAAUCUGAUUUCUGGUGUCAAAAAUUUCCUUCCGGUGAACAAGGACUUGACGAUCACUAAGAUUGUUGAGUCUCUGAUGGAUCCAACAUCUUCGUCCACCUCAGCACUCGCCAAAACUGAAAACUACCUUUAUCUUGAUCCCCGUUCAUCCACCUCUCGUACAGGACCGUCUACUCGACUCGGGCCAGACGGUAGGCCAAUCACUGGAGGACCUACUUUUGGCCAGAGGAGGCAGGGAUUUACGGAGGCAGUGGUAUUCACGGUUGGUGGAGGCAACAUGGAGGAAUAUGGUAAUCUGCAGGAGUGGAGUAGAAGGGUAAAUGACGCCACCGGCGCAGGAGGCACCAGGCGGAAGGUAGUCUAUGGAAGCACUGAGUUGAUUAGUGCAGAGAAUUUUGUGGGAGGAGAGUUGAAGCGGUUGGGCCAGGAAGGUUAG